CCCUUUCUUUUUUUGUUGAUAAAAGACCCUUUUCUGAUGGAUGCUAGUUUUUGAGCUGACAUAUUCCUUUUAUUCACUUUGAAGACACCUUGUUGUGUUAGGAUCUUCAAACUAAGAUGUAUCUUCUCAGGUUGAUGCUAUGUCUGACUUUGGUGGCUCUAGUAAAACCCAGUGAAUGGUGCUAUACUGGUUGUGAUCACUCACCUUCCAACUGGAAAGAAAUAGAAGGAUCUGACUGUAAAAGUGAAAAUCCUCACCAAUCUCCUAUCGGUAUUGUCACAAGCAAUGUUACCAUUGACCAAAACCUGAACAAUUUCACCUUCGUCAAUUUCUCCUCCAAGUAUGCCAUCGAGAGUAUCACAUAUAAUGGACACUCAGUGCAAUGCAACAUAGUGGAGAAUGAAACAGAAGUGAGUGGAGGUGGACUUGAUGGUCAAUAUUCGGUGCUCCAGUUUCACUUCCACUGGGGUACAGAAACUGAUGGAGGUUCAGAGCACACAGUAGAUGACCAUAGAUUCAAAAUGGAGAUGCACAUCGUCACUGCAAAAAAAGAUAUGACAGAAGAAGAGAUUAAUAGUCGUUCAGAUGGACUUGCUGUUCUUGGUUUUUUUAUAGAGGAAAAUGAAGACAAAGCCAUAUCUGAGCCAUGGCAAGUGCUUACAUCCUACUUGGAAAUAAUUGAAGAAGAGGGCUCUACAGUGAAUCUAAACCACAAAAUCUCUAUCGAUGAUCUAAUUGGGGAUGUGGACCGUUCAAAGUACUAUCGAUACAAUGGAUCUUUGACUACACCAAACUGCAGUGAGAUUGUUGUGUGGACGGUCUUUCAUGAGCCGAUCUUAGUCCACAAAGAUCUGCUUAACCAUUUUCCCAAGAAGACAAACCUCACAAAUAACUACCGACCUGUACAACCCCAUCAUGAUCGACAUAUCACUGCCUCCCCUGGAACUCCUCUUCCUGAAGGUCAUAAGUGGUGCUAUGAUGACCACUGUGAUCACAGCCCAGCUCAUUGGUCUGCGCUGCCUGGGUCCCACUGUGAUGGUGAAAGCCAGUCCCCCAUUGACAUUGAAACUUCCAGCGUUACUGAGGACGAGAGCCUCGGUUCCUUUAAUUUUACUCAUUUUGAUGACAAACACGCAAUAAAGUCUAUCACCAAUACAGGCCACACAGUGAAGUGCAUACUAAAGGAUGAUGCAGUGGAAGUGUCAGGAGGGGGGUUGGAACAUGUCUACUCAACUCUUCAGUUCCACUUUCACUGGGGCACAGAAUCAGCCGAUUCUCAGGGCUCAGAGCACACUGUGGAUUCAAAAAGAUACCCAAUGGAGAUGCACAUAGUAAACAAGAGGAAGGAUUUAACACUGGAAGAGGCAGUAGGGACUGCUGAUGGCCUGGCAGUGCUGGGUUUCUUUAUUGAGGAGGAGCCCAACACAGGUUCAGAACAUGACAUGAAAGCCUGGAAAACGCUGACCGAUUACCUGUCAGCUAUCAAGAACAUCAGUUCAGAAGUUGAGGUCACACAUGAGAUCUCUAUCGAUGACUUGCUUGGCCACGUAAACCGUGAAUCAUAUUUUCGCUACAGUGGCUCCCUCACCACGCCUUUGUGCAACGAAGCAGUGGUUUGGACUGUCUUUAAAGAAUCAAUUAAAGUGGAUCAUGAACUGAUGGCGAUGUUCCCGAAACACGCAGGAUAUCACGACGUCUUCCGGCCCAGGCAGGCUCUUCAUUCCAGGAAGGUCCUCACCACGGCUGCGGCUACUGUCCCAGGACCUGUCUUAUUCUAUCUGCUGUUGUCGUGUCUGUUUGCCCUCUUCAGUUAAGAUCUGUUUGUAAAAUAGAGUAGAAAACUGUAUCUUAAAACAACUAUUCUUGAAACAUAAUAUACUAAUAAAACCUAAUGUAACGUUAUCAGGGAUGAUGUUAGAAUAAUAAUUGUUUUUAUGCAUCACCUUUAUAAAAAGGUGUUCGAACUACAAAGCAUUAGAGUUGGGACUUGAUUUUAAUUCUAUAUUUUGUUAUAUCUGCACACCUACAAUUUAUUUUUAUGAUUUUGUCAUUUGCACAGUAAAUAAAAACAGAAAUAAAUGCUAAUAAAUGUGAAGAUUUUAGACUGUGAAAAGUUUUAAAAUAAGCUACCUUUCUUUUAUUCUUGUGUCUGUAACUCUGUAAUUCUGAUUAUACCUUGUGUGUGU